GUGAUGUACCACUUUGGAUUUGCCUAAAGAUAACGAAAGUUGAAAUCGGGCCUAGAUAUUGUGAUCGAAACGAAUCGCGUGUUAGAAGACUUUGAUAUAACUUUGUAGUGAUAUAUCUUAUUGUGAAACGUUAGUGAUGAAGAGAGAAGUGAUACUCUCGAAAAGGAUCGGGUCAAUGUGUCACGUGUGACUUGGAAUUUGAAGAUAAUAAUUAGAUUUUGUUGCUAUUAGACGCAAUGAGGAAAGUAGCGACAUCCUCCGACAUGACGGAUCUGAUCUGAGGAAGGUGAAAGUUGACAAUUCACGUGCCACACAACUCGGUGUAAUUCGACAGCCCCUUCCGUCAUGUAAGAACAAUAUCGGCAUCGGAAAGACAUAAGAGAAGCCUCACCCCUCGCGUGACACCAACAGCGAGUGUCGAGUAAUGCUGAAGCACAUCUACGGGCAGCCGUCGUCAACGGGCUCCAGGCAUCAUCACAAUGAUUAUCAAACAAGCUCGGGCUCGUUGCACGGCGGGCACCAUCAUCACCACUUGCACAACAACUCGCUGCACCAGGAACAGCAGCCACAGCAACAGCAGCCGUCGCAACAUCACCAUCAUCAUCAUUACACCGGAAGCGCCGGGACCGCGCGCGGACAUCGCGGAAACAACGGCAUCGACGUGUGCGAUUCGGUGGCGCAGAGGUCGAACGCUCACCAAUCGGCGACGACGCCCUCGUCGACGCAUCGGCAUCCCCUGAAUCACUCCCAGCUGAGCGUCAAUAACUUGUCGCAACGCCUGAACUCGCACACGCUCAACGUGUCGACGUUGUCCACGUCCAAGCACUCGGUCAACAGCGUUAGUCCGGUGGGUGGUGCGAAUGGUAACAAUGGCGCUAACAUUAUCAACAACAACAACAACAACAAUCAUCACAACAAUCACAACGUCUCGGUUGCGAGUCAGCUCGGUCACACCGUGAUCUCGCAGACCAACGUCCUCCAUCACGAUCGGCCGAAGGCGAACGGCGGCCUCGACAUCUCCAGGCUGUCGCGGCUGCCGAGCCAGACCACGCCAUCGCCCGCACCUGCCGCACCUGCGCUUCCUGCCGUCGCCGGCCAGGUGGGCCCGACGGUGAUACCCCUCAACGCCUCCUGGUCCUCGUCUCUGUCCAGGAAUCUUCAUCGGAACGAUGAGGCGGGUGUGAAGGAGAUGCUGACCAGUUUGGGACUGUUGUGUCUGGUGUCUCUGCUCCUGGCCCUGCUCUCGGUUAUCUUCCUGCUGAAGAUCUCCCCGCUCACGGUCACGUCCAACAGUCUCAUCAGCCCGGAAGAGUUCGUCAUCGUCUACGAGGUCACUCUGGCUCUGUGCGCCCUGGCCCUGUCCCUCAACCUGUGCUGUCUCCUCGUCUGCGCCAUACAGUUCCUUUUCGCGGUGAAACUCGUCAAGACUUCGUACCAGGGACACCGGUAAGUCGCUCUUAUCAGUGAUUAUCACCUUUCUUUGACAUUACUAUUAUUAUAAUUAAUCUGAUGAUCCCGCUCGAUCAAAGAAGACUUGGGAUCUUGACCCUA